UGUGUUUUGACCCUGCCCACGCACCAUAGCUAGCCAAAACAGAAAAUGGCGUCAGCUGAGUCCCAGCCGCGGUUUGGCCAGUCUGUCAAAGGCUUACUAUCCGAUAAAGUGGGCUCCUGUAGCGGGGAUGUGAUUGCACUGACCCGUCAAGUGCUGAAGGGCUCCCGGAGUCAGGAGCUCCUUGGUCAAGCAGCAAGAAAUAUGGUCAUUCAGGAGGACGCCAUCCUGCAUUCUGAGGAUAGUCUGAGAAAGAUGUCCAUCAUCACCACACACUUGCAGUACCAGCAGGAGGCCAUCCAGAAGAAUGUGGAGCACUCGAAAAACCUCCAGGACCAGCUGAGACACCUGCUAAAGUGAGCAGCAGAGGACCCCCCCCCCACAACACCCUCAGACCCUGUGUCAACCACCAGGGGCUCAGCACUCAGCAGGAGGGUUUAAUGAGGGAUGAUCGGCCAUCUUUUUUACCUUGUGACACACUGGUGUUCCGUGCAGCGGGGACAGGAAGUGAUGCGCUGCUCUGGGAUGCAAGGACCUUUUUCUAUUGAGUUAUGUUAAAUGGUUUGAUUAAUUUAUGAAAUAUCUUGUCUGUAUCAUCUUGUCUCUGCGGAAUACUGCUCUGGGAAUCAAGUCAAACAGCAAAUAACUGUGUGAGUGGUCAAAUGCAAACGUGAAGACCAGGUGGAAUCUGAAGAGAGCUUUAUGAAAGCAUAACUCCUCUAAUAAAUGCGUAUGAAACGCAGUCAGCACGUUUUCAAUGAGUGAAGAGAUUAGCUAGGCCUUGAAGCAUAGGUCAUAUUCUCAACCACACACACACACACACACACACACACACACACACACACACACACACACACACACAGUAUUUUCUGUUGACACACACACAAUCUUAUAUACAAAUGUGCUCAAUGCCAAACACAAUAAUCAGUCGUUGCAACAAUCCUCGAUUAUGCCGCACGUUUUAUUAAAGCAUGUGAUGGGCUAUGUGGGAUAUUUCUGCAAUUUUAUGCAGUUAUAUUGCAGGAACUUGCAAAAACUGCUGGUUGAUGAAAAAGAGACUGUUUGUCUUGUCACAUGAUUAUAUCACUUCACAACGUUCCCAUGGCAACAGGGGAAACAAACGGCUGCUCUCAAGUGAAGUAAACGCAACAUUUUUCAACUUUCUGCUGAGAUAUUUGUGACUUUUUUGCAACAAAAAUGCUGGAUUAUGAAAUCAUGCAAGCCCCGCGUUAUUUUACGUGGAAAUCGGCAAUUGAUGCGACGAAAGUGCGGCGUAUUU